AUGGUUCAAGCCGAUGGUGCCAGUUCUGCUUCUCGACAAGCCGUUGCACAGCCCGGGGUGCCCGACGACGCCGACGAACCCCCUAGUAGUGGGUACUCCCCUCGUCCCAAUCCUCAAGAUCAACACCACCGCCAAGAGCCUCUUGACCGCCCGCAGGCUCGCCAGCAGCGCUCCGACACCCUCGACAGCUCUGAUGCCACUCCUUCGCUCGCCACCAGCGGCAGCGUCACCUCGCUCUCGUCUUCCCUUGCCGACCGCAACGCGCCCUUCCUCGACGCCACUGCACCUGUCGCUCCCGGUGGCGAUGGCAGUACCUACCUCAAGAAGGGGGCCGUCGACAUCACCCAUGCCAACGUCGUCGAGCCCCUGCCCCACUCUGGCCAGGCGGACCUCCUCAAGCGCAAGCCUGACCAGGUGGUCGUCGACGUCUUCGGCCACGAUGCCCACGAUGACGGCGUUAGCCAGCGAUCCGCCGCCGGCGCCGGCCCGACUGGUCUGCAUCAACCGCAUUCACUAAAACCCGACGAGGUCCUCGCCCAGUUUCAAAGCAACAUCACCACCGGCCUGUCCGAGUCCGAGGCGGCCGCCCGACUCGAAAAGCACGGUGCCAACCAGCUCAAGGAGCGCUCCAGUGUCAGCGCCUGGACCAUCUUUCUUCGCCAGGUGGCCAACGCCCUGACCAUCGUCCUCGUCGGUGCCAUGAUCCUCUCGUUCGCCGUCAAGGACUGGAUCGAGGGCGCCGUCGUCACGGCCGUCAUCGUCACCAACGUCCUCAUCGGCUUCGUCCAGGAGUACAAGGCUGAGCGGACGAUGGCCUCUCUGCGAUCGCUCUCGUCGCCGACGGCCAACGUCCUGCGGUCGUCCAACAUCCAGGUGCUGCCCUCGACCGCGCUGGUGCCCGGCGACGUCGUUCACUUCCGCGCGGGCGAUCUGCUGCCCGCCGAUGUCCGCCUGAUCACCAUUUCCAACCUCGAGGUCGACGAGGCACCCCUCACCGGCGAGUCGGUGCCGGUCAUCAAGACCACCGAGAGGCUUACCGCCCCCGACCUCGGCCCAGCCGACCGCACUAACCUCGGCUACGCCAGCACCACUGUCACCAAGGGCCGCGGUGUCGGCGUCGUCGUCGCCACCGGCAUGCAGACUCAGAUUGGCCAGAUCGCCGAGGCUCUCGCCCGCAAGGAGGGCCAGGUCCACGCGCUGCCCUGGUACAAGCGCGCUUGGGAGUCGACCGCCAAGUUCCUCGGCAUCCGCGACGGCACGCCGCUCCAGAUCAAGCUCAACAAGUUCGCCUACCUCCUCCUCUUCCUCGCCGUCGUCUGCGCCAUCAUCGUCUUUGGCGUGGCUGAGUUCGACAUCACCAACGAAGUCAUCCUUUAUGCCAUCGCCCUGGGCAUCGGCGUCAUCCCCGAGUCGCUCGUUGCCGUCCUCACCAUCACGUUCAGCGUCGGUGCCAAGCGGAUGGCCGAGGCCAACGUCGUCGUCCGUCGCCUGGACGCGCUCGAGGCCCUCGGCGGCGUCACCGACGUCUGCAGCGACAAGACGGGCACGCUCACGCAGGGCAAGAUGGUCGUUCGCAAGUGCUGGACCUACGCCACCGGAAGGAGUCAGACCUACGGCGUCGAGCAGAGCGGAGCCACCGCCUUUGAACCCGUCGGCAGGGUGUUCUCCGACGAUGGCAGCGCCGAUGAACGGGCCUUCUUCGAGAACGACGGGCUGCCCGAUCGCGUCGAGAGCAUCGCCAUCGCUGCGUCGCUCUGCAACAUCGCCGAGCUGGAACAGUCCGCCGACGGUACGUGGGGCGCUCGAGGCGACCCCACGGAGAUCGCCCUUCAGGUCUUCGCCACCAAGCUUGGCCUCGGCCGCGACUCGCUGACCAUCGGCGAGGCGCCUCGCUUCUCUCACGAGGCCGAGUUCCCCUUCGACAGCACCGUCAAGCGCAUGACGAGCGUGUACAAGGUCCCGGCUCAGGACGGAGACCGCGAGCUCUACAUGAAGGGUGCCGUCGAGCGGGUGCUCGAGUGCUGCACCAGCGUCAGGACGACCGAGGGCGCGGACGGACAGGAGGCUGCGCUCGAUGACGCUACCCGCAAGUCGAUCGUAGAUCACAUGGAGAAGCUGGCCUCCGAGGGUCUUCGCGUGCUCGCCUUCGCCGAGCGACGCCUCGACGCGGCUCAGUACAAGGCCGAGCAGUCUCGCGCCGAUGUCUCGCCCAACAGCAGCAGCAACUCGAGCACUGACUCGAUCCCGCUCGACAAGAACGACGUCGCCACCAAGCGGGGCGACGGUCUCUCCCGUCAGGCGGCCGAGCGCGAAUUCACCUUCAUCGGCCUGCUCGGCCUCUACGACCCUCCGCGAGCCGAGACCCGCGCCUCGGUCGAGGCCUGUCAGCGCGCCGGCAUCGUGGUCCACAUGCUGACAGGCGACCACCCGGCCACGGCACGCGCCAUUGCUCGCGAGGUGGCCAUCGUCGACGGCACCGAGGGCAAGGACGCCAUCAUGACGGCCGCCCGCUUCGAUGCGCUGACCGACGCCGAGAUUGACGCGCUUGAGGACCUGCCGCUCGUCAUUGCCCGCUGCUCGCCCCAGACCAAGGUCAAGAUGAUUCUGGCCGGCAAGCGUCGCGGACGCUACCUCGCCAUGACUGGAGACGGCAUCAACGACGCCCCCUCGCUCAAGCAGGCCCCCGUCGGCAUCGGCAUGGGUACGGGUACCGACGUGGCCAAGGACAGCUCCGACCUCAUCCUCACCGACGACAAGUUCGACUCGAUCGUCAAGGGCAUCCGUGAGGGCCGCGCCAUCUUUGACAACAUCCAGCGCUUCCUGAUCGGCCUCCUCGUUGCCAACGUGGCCGAGGUGCUGCUCCUGCUGUGCGGCCUUGCCGUCAGGGACGCGGAGGAGGAGUCCGUCUUUCCCCUCGCUCCGGUAGGCAUCCUGUGGAUCAACAUGGUCACGGCCAGUCUGCCCGCCAUCGGACUUGGCCUCGAGCCGGCCGAGGACGAUAUCAUGGACCGUCCCCCGCACGACCUCAAGGCGGGCGUGCUUAGCCGCGCCGUCGUCGUCGACACGCUCGUCUACGGAGUCACGAUGGGCUGGACGUGCCUGGUUGCCUUCCUGAUCAUGAUCUACGGCAUCGGCGACGGCCGCAUCGCGCUCGACUGCAACCACUCGUCGGACACGUCGUGCGAGCCCAUCUUCCAGGCCCGUUCGGCGGUCUUUACCACGCUGACGCUGCAGCUGCUGCUCAUCUGCUGGGAGCUGAUCAGCAUGGAGAAGUCGUUCUUCAGCAUGAGGCCGGCCAAGCAUCUGUGGAGGAACCCGAUGCUGCUGUGGUCGGUCGUGUUCGGCAUGGCCACCAUCCCGCUGUGUCUCUACAUCCCCGGCUUCAACACCGACGUCUUCCGACACGCCGCCAUGGACGGCAAGGGCUGGGGCAUCUCGCUCGCCAUGACCAUCACCUUCCUGGCCACAGUCGAGCUGUGGAAGGCACUCGCCCGCCGCGGCAGGUGGCCCUGGCUCGCCAGGAUCUCGGGCGGCCACCGCGGACUGGCCAGGCGGCAGGCUCUCAAGGCCGCCGCGGCCAACGUCGUCAGCACCAGCGCCCACGUCGAGAACGGCGCUGAAAAGGAGAAGGCCACCGCGCAGGCCUAA